AUCACAGAACCACCUCGUCUCCUUCGUAAAUCUCCAUCGCCUUCACAGAUCUGAUUUUUCCUCUUCCAGCCUCGAGUUCCUAAGCCCUCGAACAUCUAUUUCUAGGUUUUCCACCAUCUUUCACCGAUUGUAUUCCAUUUUCACCGAUUAAACAUCACUUUCCACCGAUUGAACCUGUUUCCCUCCGUUCAUUCCUCUUUUCCACCGUUUAAAACCUUUGUUCCACCGAUUAAUCGGUCAAGAUAGUGUCUCUGCAUCAUUCUAGGGUUUCCUCAGGCGCUUCCACCAAGAACCCUCUCAUCCCAGUAUCUAUCCUUAAGCAUUGGGAGAGUAAUUUGGUUCAUAGCAACUCCAUUCAACCCACUAAUCACACACCAUGCAGGCCAGUGAUAGGUUUAACAUCAACUCUCAGCUCGAGCAUCUCCAAGCCAAAUAUGUUGGAACUGGUCAUGCCGAUUUGAACAGAUUUGAAUGGGCAGUGAACAUUCAACGUGAUAGCUAUGCAUCAUACAUUGGCCACUACCCUUUACUGGCAUACUUUGGUAUUGCUGAAAAUGAAUCUAUCGGAAGGGAACGCUAUAGCUUUAUGCAGAAAAUGCUCCUGCCUUGUGGUUUGCCUCCCGAAAGAGAAGAGGAUUAAUCACACAGUACAAUUUAUAUAGCCUUUGACAUUUUAUUGUGCUGUGUUAUCUGAUGGAGGAAACAGAUAGUUUUUUUGUGACCUUGAUUACAUAUUAGUGAUCUGUCUUUAGCUUGUGGAUGCUUAGUAAGUUGUUAUGGAGCUUGGAAAAAUUUUCAAGAUAUGUCAAGUUUAUAUUUUUGAAUCU